GUAAGCCAGCCGGUGGAAAGCUCAGCGCAUCCAUCGUCACACCUCUACGUCUCAGGGAGCAUCUCUCCGCCGCCGCCUCGCCCGCUGCCUCGCCCGCUGCCUCGCCAGCGACGCCACCUACCGGCCGGCGCAACCGUGGCACCAUUUACCGGCUGCGGGCUGCCGGAGCGCACUUCACGCCUCAGCCGUGCAAGCAGCCACCGCCACCGCGGAACUGGCGUCGCUUGACCGACCGCGAGCGUCCCCUGGCGGCGCAGCAGGCGCGGGUGCUGCAGAGGAUCGGACGUGGCGGGUUCGGCUCGGUGCACCUAGGUGUCGCCGGCGGGCGCGUCGUCGCCGUGAAGUUGGCGCGGCGACGUCGGACAAGUGGCGCCACCUCGGGGGAGAUGAACGCGGCGGGGCUGCAGCACCCGCACGUCAUCGCGACGAUCGCCGUGUCGCCGCGAUCGCGCACCGUCGUCAUGGAGUACGGUGGCGCCACCAACCUGCGGCAGGCGCUCGCCGCCGCUCCACUGCCGCCGUACGCGCGCCGCAUCGACUACGCCCGCCAGGUGGCGUCGGCGCUCGAGUACGUUCACGCGUGCCGCGUCGUCCACCUCGACGUGAAGCCCGACAAC